UAUGUGUUCACAGUGCCGCCGCUACCGGAUCGAAAUCAGUAAAAUUUCCCAUAAAAUUCAAUCACAAUGCAUUGAUUACAAAUUACUUAUCGCCUGCAAGAAACCGAAAAGAUUGUCACGCGCACCGAGCCAAGGUCAUUGAGAUGAGGUUCAUCUCUGUAGUAUUUUUGCUUGGAUCAUUUGGACUCCUGGAGGCAUUGAACCAUGUUUAUUGGGAACAAUUACAUCGGGAACCACCUGUUCGAGGAAUUCCAAGAAACGGUACUCGGCAAGUUGAAUGGAAUUGGAUUAUGCAAUAUGUAGACAAUUUUGACCCACAAAAUCAAUCUAGAUGGAGCAUGCGGUACCUGCAAAAUGGAGAACAUUAUCAGCCCGGAGGCCCUCUGUUCAUUUUCCUGGGAGGUGAGUGGGAAAUCAGCAGUGGAUUUGUAUCGUAUGGCCAUUUUUAUGAUAUGGCUAAAGAACUGGGAGCAUAUCUUUUCUACACCGAACAUCGAUACUAUGGUCAAAGCCGUCCAACUGCGAGUACUCGGACUGACUUGUUAAAAUUCUUGAAUAUUGAUCAAGCUCUAGCGGAUGUAGCAUACUUCGUCGAAGAAAUGAAGAAAACAAUUCCAGAUGCUUCAAACUCCAGAGUUAUCAUGGCCGGUGGUUCCUAUUCUGCGACGAUGGUGGCCUGGUUCAGGCAAAAGUAUCCUCAUUUAAUUGACGGCGGAUGGGCGUCUAGUGCGCCGCUGUUGGCUAAACUCGACUUUGUUGAAUAUAAGGAAGUCGUAUCCGAAGCGAUCCAGAUAGUAGGAGGAGAUUCGUGCGCCAAUAGAAUUGAGCAGGCAUAUGCGGAAAUGGAAGACUAUCUGGAAAGAGGAGAACAUGAGGUGAUUAAGGAAAUGUUCAAAGUCUGUAAUAACAUCAACUUCAACAAUACCUUGGACUCCGCAAUGUUCCUAAGUUCCAUAUCAAACUAUUUUGCUGGAAUAGUUCAGUAUCAUUCUACUGGAGAUAUUGAAGGUGUGUGCGAAAUCAUUAUGGACGAGACUUUCACAAACGAUAUGGAAGCGUUGGCCAAUUGGUUUACUAUGGGCAUUAGCGGAUGCAUGGAUAUGUCCUACGGUGGCGUAAUUCGUUACUAUAGAUCAACUGAUUGGAACCAUAGCGCCAAUACAGGAGCAAUGCGACCAUGGUUAUAUCAAACCUGCGCUGAAUAUGGAUGGUACCAAACAUCUGGCUCAGAAAAUCAAAUAUUUGGUACAGGAUUUCCUGUCGACCUCUACGUAAGCAUGUGCUACGAUUUGUAUGAUUAUAGAUUCACCUGGGCAAGACUGGAUGCAAACAUUGAAAGAACUAACGUCAUCUAUGGACAUAUGAACCCAGCUGUCACCAAUGUUAUUUUUACACAUGGACAGCUUGAUCCCUGGCGUCCGAUGGGACUACAAGAAGACUUGAAUGAACACUCCCCAACUAUUAUUAUUCCAAUGGCUUCACAUUGUGCCGACUUUGGAUCAAUAAGUGACAUAGAUUCUCCAGAAAUGGUUGCUGCCAAGGAAAGAGUUUUUGAACUCUUCAGACUGUGGGUGUCAUAGCUUGAAACAUGUUAAUUUAUUUUUAAAAAUAAAACUUUUUAAUUGAAUUAUCAA